AUGGACUAUAAGGCAAUUGCCCAACAAACUGCCCAAGAAGUUUUAGGUUACAGUCAAGAUAUAUCGGGCUGGAAAGUGGUUAAAAUUUCAAAAAAGAUAACUGUUUCCAGCAAGGCUUCUAGAAGAUUCCUGGGAAAUCUGUAUCGUAUUGAAGGGAUAAUUCCAGAAUCAACAACUAAACUAUCUGAUUUCCUCUACCAACCUGGAAACAGAGUUACAUGGGAUAAAUCAUUGAAAGUGUACAAUAUGGUACACAGGAUAGAUUCGGACACAUUCAUAUGUCACACCAUUACACAAAGUUUUGCUAUGGGCUCAAUUUCCCCCCGAGACUUUAUCGACUUAGUAUACAUCAAGCACUACGAAGGGAAUAUGGACAUUAUCAGUUCUAAAAGUGUGGAUUUUCCAGAAUAUCCUCCAACUUCAAAUUAUAUUCGUGGUUAUAACCAUCCUUGUGGCUAUGUGUGUUCACCUCUGAAAGAAAACCCAGCACAUUCCAAACUAGUGAUGUUCGUCCAGACAGAAUUGAAAGGAAAACUAUCUCCAACAAUAAUUGAAAAAUCUAUGCCUUCCAACUUAGUAAACUUCAUCCUCAAUGCAAAAGAUGGAAUAAAGACACACAAAACUCCUUCAACACGUGAUUACCAUCAUAGUGGUCAUACAUCAUUCCAAAGGAGGAAAUGAGGCCAUUCUGCUGCAAAAGCGUGUGUAGCAGUUAUUGCAGUUUACUUCUAAGUCGACAUGCAAAAAUGCUGUGAAACUGUCCUACACUGUAUUCUUAUACAAAUUACUGAAGAUUGGUGUGAAAACAAGAACUUACAGCUAUGCCAGAAAGCAGUAUUAAAUAUAGUUUUUAAUCUCAUAUAAGAAUGAUGUUAAAUAACCAGUGAUGUUAGUACACUGUUAUUAUUUGUUUUUGUUCC